AUCCACAGUACUGUGUCUGGAUUUUGUUAUUGUCGAAAGGUAAAAAGCUAUCACUUCAACGAUUGAGCUCAAAAAUGUGCAUCCACUAAAUUGAAUUAUCCAAACCCUAGAUAUUCGAAUAUACAGGCAAAAUUAGCUUCAUCGUCAGUCUACUAAGUGUUAUGUCAUCUGUUUCGAGUCAACCGCAGUUCCGCUACACACAACCUCCGUCCAAGGUCCUGCAUCUGAGGAAUUUGCCAUGGGAGUGCACUGAGGAGGAACUGAUUGAACUUGGUAAACCAUUUGGCAAAGUUGUCAACACCAAGUGUAAUGUUGGAGCCAACCGAAACCAAGCUUUUAUUGAAUUUGCUGAGUUAAAUCAAGCUAUAGCGAUGAUAUCAUAUUUUGCUUCAUCAUCAGAAGCGGCUCAGGUCCGAGGGAAAACUGUCUACCUACAGUAUUCCAAUAGGCAAGAAAUAGUGAACAACAAAACUACUGCAGAUGUUGCUGGAAAUGUGCUGUUAGUAACAAUCGAGGGCAAUGAUGCACGGCUCGUCAGCAUUGAGGUUUUACAUGUGGUUUUUUCAGCUUUUGGGUUUGUGCAUAAGAUUACUACAUUUGAGAAGACAGCUGGAUUUCAGGCACUUGUGCAAUUUACUGAUUCAGAAACUGCUUCCUCUGCGAAGGAUGCCCUUGAUGGUAGAAGCAUUCCCAGCUAUCUGAUUCCGGAGCUCUCUCCAUGUUCCCUUAAGAUUACGUAUUCUGCUCAUACUGAUUUGAGUGUGAAAUUUCAGAGCCAUCGCAGCAGGGACUACACUAAUCCCAGCCUUCCUGUCAAUCCCUCGGCCAUAGAUGUUACUGGGCAGAUCAGUAUGGGUCUUGAUGGCAAAAGGCUAGAGCCUGAAAGCAAUGUUCUUCUUGCUUCUAUUGAAAACAUGCCAUAUGAACUUACCUUGGAUGUUUUGCAUAUGGUUUUCUCUACUUUUGGCACUGUUUUAAAGAUUGCCAUGUUCGACAAGAAUGGAGGGAUUCAAGCACUGGUUCAGUACCCUGAUGUUCAAACAGCCGUAGUUGCCAAGCAAGCCUUGGAAGGACACUGUGUUUAUGACGGGGGAUAUUGCAAGCUUCAUAUUUCAUUUUCACGCCACACUGAUUUAAGCAUAAAGGUCAACAAUAAUAGAAGCAGAGAUUAUACAAUCCCAAAUGUUCCAUUGUUGAGCACUCAACCCUCAAUGUUAGCGCAACAAUCACCAUCAUUGCUAGGUCCUGGUGGACCCCAGUACAAUGCAACUCAAUUUGCCCCAGUUCAUGAAGGUCAAGCGAUGCCCCAACCUCCGUCUGGUUGGAAUUCAGGUGCCCCAGCUGGACCUCAGCCUAUGCAGGGUCAAAUGCAUCCUCACCAUUACAUGCCUGCAAACAUGCCUUCUGAAUAUGGGCAUUCAGUGAUGCACAACCCUAAUAGUUUCCACCAUGCUGGGCCAUACCCUCAUUAUCCGCCUCAAUAACAGAUUUAAUGCUCUCCUUUAAGAACCCUGCUGGCUGCUACAAUUUGGGUGUUAUCAAGACAUGGUUGUAAUCUGAAGUUUUCUAUCAGUUUUUUUUCUUGGUUUAUUAUGAAAUUGAAGAUUUAGAUUGUUCUUUUAA